UUUUAUAGUUUCGAGACAGCUGAUCGGUGCUAUUAGAGGCGAAACGUUCUGUAGUAUCCACUACGCUUGUAGUUAAGAGGUAUGUACUACUGCAUUAUGACUGUUUGUAGUAGUAUUGCUCUUCUAGUCAUUCUUGUCAACGCGAUCUGUCAUGCUGAAGCGUGUGAUAGAACUGAAAGUGGCGUUAUCUUCCGUGAUGCUUUAAAAGGUACUUCAUUCCGCAUGUUUGUUCAUGAAAUUUGUAUUUUUUCACUUUUCCAUGACAUUUGCAUCUAUUCCAGGGCAAGGGAAAUCGUGUGGGGUUUGGUAGAGUCCAAACCACUAUUCUCUUGGUUCCAUAUCUAGACUUUUAUUCCUCCUAUUCUCUUCGCAUUCGGUGGCGCAAUCGUCGAGCACGCGCCUUUCACCUCUGAUAUCGUGGGUUCAAAUCCACAGGCAAUGUUGACAGGCUUGGUUAGGAAUUUCCCUAAAAAGUAACCCUUCCAUCGCAGCUUGCUAUAUGCGCCCUUAGAAAGCCUUGCACUCGAUCACGUUCAGCUGUGUCCUUCGCAAUAGACCUUUCCCCUUUUGAGUGAAAUUUUGAUCUGGACAAAAAUUUCAUCACAGCUUGAAAGAGCAUCACAAAAUUAGUAAUAUUCCGAAGUUUCGUUGCGAAAUGUUGUAAAAUGCGGAUAAUAUAGCCUUGCGAAGUUUGCCGUUUUUCAGCCAUUUUGUAUUACAAAUGGAAAUUGACAUCAGUUUGAUCAUCUGAUUAUCAAUUUCCCGUUUGUAAUGCAAAAUGACUGAAAAACGGCAAACUUCACAAGGCUAUAUUAUCCGCAUUUUACAACAUUUCGCAACGAAACUUCGGAAUAUUACUAAUUUUCUGAUGCUCUUUCAAGCUGUGAUGAAAUUUUUGUCCAGGCAUAUCUAGAUCAAAAUUUCACUCAUAAGGAGGGGAAAGGUCUAUUCAGCUUAGCUCUCAGCUGCAAGUAAGGAUAAUAAGAACACCCUCUACUUACUUCCACAUUUCUAUUAUAUUCCAGGUCGUCGUUUGAAAAACAAUCUGUUGAGAACAGUGACUACACUCUCUGUUGUCGAAUGUAGUUUGGAAUGCUUGCGGGAAAGCUGUUGUCAGUCCGUCAACUUUGGGAAAGACUUCAACAUCAUGAUGGAACAUGACUGUGAACUCAAUGAAGCCAAGGCAUCGACAAGCCCAGGAGAUAUUACCAGGAACGAUUCGUAUAUUUAUUACGAAAUAAUGGAUACAGGAAACGGGGUUAGAGCAGAAACUUGCGGUAAAGGUAAAAUCUUUGAGGUUCUGUUCUUAAAACUGAUACAUCGGGAGUAUUUGCAUAUUUAAUUUAGCACCAUAGUCUAUUAGAAUAAGAAGGUUUAUAGGGAACUCGAUACAGAUGUAAUGCCCCCCCCCGGAAUAGACCUCAUUAUCUUGGUUUAUGCAAGAAAUAGUCGGUUCAUCGUCACGUGUGUAUUGUAUAAUUGUAUUUCUGCUAAAGCAACCAAUAGCAAUGUUUUCAUUUAACCAUUGUGUAAUAUCACGACUGGGUAAUUAAACCAACACACUGAUAUUGGUAUUGGUUUGGCGAAAAACAAUACACACGUGACGAUUAACCGACCAUAAAACCAAGAACAAAAAUAUAUAGAUAAUAAUGAGGUUUAUAUUAUGUCUUCAUCGAGUUUCCUAACCUUAUUCUAUUGACUAUGACCUUUACUAACAACUCUGCUUCCAACAACUUUCAUUGUCUUUAUUUUAUUGCCAUUCCUAGGGCUGGGAAGCAGCAAAGAUUUCCCUGGUAAAAGCUGCAAGGACAUCAAAGAACAUACAAACACUACCAUCACCAAAGAAUAUUGGAUAAAACCUAUCCCCACUGCAAAACCAUUUUUGGCGUACUGCGAGAUGGAAUUACAUGAAGGCGGCUGGACUUUGGUCUACCGUUACACUUUCACCAAUUAUACUCAUUUUUAUAUCUCAAACAAUUCAGUCAAUCUUCGCCCAAACUGGCCUGCCCCUAAAGCAAAUGUGGACAUCUCGACAGUACCUCCUUGCAAAGAUACAUUUGGUGCAAUUCAAUUUCAUCUCUGGCAGUAUAUAGGCCGUGAGUUCUUUGUCAGGUAAUGCAAGCUCAUUCUGGAAAAUUCCAUGUCCGCAAUGGAGGUCUAAUUCGUCCCUCAUUUUAUAGGUCGAAUAUAAACGACUGGUACAUCUGCAAGCCAAAUGCUGGAAGUCUUGUGGGUAAAACAAAUGGUACAAUUUCUUGCCAACAUGUUCGAAAUAUUGUAGGUAAUUGCGCCGAGACUAUCUUACCAGAUGAGAUCGUGUGGGAGGGUAGCGGUCCAGUUUUAAAAGGUUUUCGUUCAAUUUACCGUUUCGAUGGCUCUACGACCAAGUGGUUUCCAACACACAAUUCGUGUAAAGCGAGCAUAAAGAAUCAUAAAAAAGGAGUUCCAAAUCCAUAUGGACAGAUCUUUAUCAAAUAAGAACUAAGAAAUGAUAUUCACGAAGGAUUGGAAGGACAUAGGGGUAUAAAAAUUGAGAGAAUACUUGUGAGUUACUUAAUUAAGGUAGUAGAAACAGGGCCUUUCUAUUUGAUACGCAAAAUGAGUUAAAAUUCAUGUGGUGUUAGUCGAAGAAUAUCGUAGAAAACUGUUGAUUAUACUAGUCGAUUAAAAACCUAUUUUACGUCUGUGUAUUUCCGUUUGUUUGUACACAAAUUAUUGAUAUUGUUAUCUAUUUUGGAUAGUUUUAUCACUGUUUUCCCUUGUGGUACACUGAGGGCUUUAUUUCGUCGAUUUUACUGCUUGAGAAAACCUCAGAAUUAGGACAUGAACUCGAACGGUCUGUGGCUAGCUGGUGACAAUAACACCAGAAAGUUGCAGCUAGAAAGGCAUUGAACUACCUCAAAAAUUCAAGUAAAACUCCAACGUUUCUACUAAGGUCCUUGACUCGAAACAUCGAAGUUUUACUCCCGCAGCUUUCCAGUAUUAGGACGUGCUUCUGAAAGCCACAUACUGACUUAUUCGGUCGGAUUGGACUUAUAAUAUUUCUGUCUGAUAGCAGAUGCUGUCUCUAUGUCCUUCAUCUCCUCGACACUUUCUGCCAAAGUCUCUCUCGAUCCACGCCUUCGUCGAAACCUGCUCAACAUAUCAGCACAUCUUGAUUCUAUCUUCUCGCUAUCUUCUCGUAUAGCGUUGAUAUCGUGUUGAUGAAAGCCUAGCAGACGAGCAAGUCGUUCCCAAUCUCCUGCAAGAAGACUGCUCAAGCGGCCUAUUUCCUUAGCAUUGAAAUCAUCCUGUAGAGUUUCGUCAGCAUCAUUUGGUUGACAGUUU